AUGAUCUGUGCUGCUGAGGUCUUGGCUCGCAAACGCGCCGCCACCUAUCAGCGCCUCACCAUGCAGCUGACGCUGGAAGCGCUCUUGUCUGGUGCGAGGCGCAUGACGCCCUUGCGGGCGCAAGCACUUCUCGAGCCAGAGGACAGCUCCUCCUCGGACUUUGUCGAGUCGCCCGAGGAGUCUUCGCCGGAGGUCUCCGACUCCGAUGGGGGAAACCCUUCGAGUGGCCCCGACGAUGGGCGCGGAGCUGGCGACUCGGAGGCGUCUCCGUCCCUCACUGUGACGUCGGGAUUUACUGGCAGAAGGCACACAGUCCACAGCGAGAAGAGGCUGCACAAACACACACAAAACACAAGCCCGAAAAGAACCAGCACUGCUGGCACCCAGACGCGGCAUGUGGAUAUCGCCCUUCAUCUUGCGGCCAUGAGGAUGGGAGGGUACCUGCCGUCGAGAACGAGGAUCCCCCACUGUAUCGAUGACGCUCUGAAGACCAGCUUCGUUCAGCAUCGACCGAAUCGUACGAGUAAGGUUGUCAUGCGCCGUGGGAAGCUUGGAGGAUCGGCGUUUGCAGGUCUGGAGAUGAUGUGCAGCAACGGAGGGAUCGAGCUCGCGCUGACAUCCAUCACAUUCCGUCGGACACUGGCAGAUCGGCAUGCCAUGGAGAUAGCAGUCGAGCAUCUGAGCAUAGCGGUCUCGCUCAGGAAAAUGAGCGAAGAUGGUAGACUGCAAGACCCUAUCCUGCGACUUGAGCGAGUGUGUCCUGCGGCUGUGCAAGGGGGAGGAAUGAAGCGCCUCCAGCGUCAGCUGCAUAGUGAGGCGCUGAUAGCCGCGGGUGGCGGCGCGUUUGCGAGCCAAGACCUCAGCAGCAGGUCCGUCAUCAGGAACAAAGUGCCGACCAAACGCCGCAUCCUCAAGAGGCAUCGAGCGCUGAGCAAUGAUGUCCGCGAGAUACCAGAUGAAGCGGAGGGUGUCAAGAUGCAGGCGCACAGCGAGAAGCUGCACAAUCACACACAAAACACAAGCCCGAAAAGAACCAGCACUGCUGGCACCUAG